GACAGUUGCCACAAUGCUGCGAAAACAGGAAGAGUGCAGUAAAGGGUUACGGUUCCUCUAAGGCAGAUCAGUGUUACUACGAUGUUCCUCAGAUGUGUUUCCCUUAAGCUUCUUUGUGGAACUGACAGUUGUUUAGCAAACUUAUUUCUCGGAUAGAGUUUUAAGAAGAGGCAUUUUAAUCAUUGAAUGAGGGCAGUUUUGGAAACCAGUUUAUUUUAAUCCAUCACUGUGGCCUUUCUUUAUCACCGGAAAAUGAUAAAGUCACGCUGUGCCUCAAUUCCCCACCCGUAAAAUGAAACUAAUGUCACCUCUCUGCCUCGAAAGUUGCUGGGCAGAUUCACCAGUUCCCUCUUGUGCCGGCUUUGAAAGGGAAAAUGCCUCGGCGUCCCUGGGAUCUCCUGCUCGUUUGAUCUGACUUCCUGGCUGUACUUCAGUGGUGGGUGACUGAAUUUAGUCUUCUCUGCAUCACACGGAUAAUAGUAAUGUGACGUUUAAUGAGUACCUGUGAAGUGCUGUAGCAGGGAAGGAACUGCCAUGCCUGUGAGAAUCUUCCAGGUGUGCCUAGUGGUGAUUACAGCUAUCGUCAACCACCCACUCCUCUUCCCUAAAGAGAAUGGCACCGUCCCUGAGAACACGGAAGAAAUCAUCCGGAAGAUGAAGGAGCGAGAGGAGAGCCUUCGAUUGGAGCAGUUGCGCUUGGAGCAGGAAAUGGCAGGGCAGGAAGCUGGGCAGAAGGCUCUGGGAAAGGCUGCAAAGGUAGUGGAGGAAAGCAAAGAGGAAAAGGUCCCAUGGGAUAUGUGGAAUGCCGUUUCCAUGGUCAUAUUCCUGCUGAUUGAGCUCUGGAGGCAGGAUUUCCAAGAAGGGAAUUGGCAGGACACAGGAAGUGAAGAGGAUGACAUAGCUGUCCUGGGGAAAGCAUUUAAAGGAGUAGUCUUCCCUGACAAGGCCAUCUUGGCCAGCUUCUAUGAGAAGCGCAUCCUGAGUACCACUGGAGACAUGGAGAGGAUGCGGGAGAUGGUGGAAGGCUUUGCAGAUGACUUGCUGGAGGCCUUGAGGAGUGUUUGUAACCGGGAUGCUGACAUGGAAGUGGAAGACUGCAUGGGUGUGGGGAGCAUGUAUGAGAAUUGGAGAGUGCGUAAACCUUUCGUCUGUGAUCUGAUAGUGCCUUUUGCCCCUCCAGAGCCAUACUGUUUCCGGUCCCAGACCUGGUGCUCUGGCAAUUCUUUUCCCCCAGAUAAACAAGGUUAUGGCACUAUCAAGGUCUGCAGGGCAGAUGAAGAUGUGGCAGGCUGCAUCUGUGACAAGACUAAACUGGGGGAAGAUAUGUUGUGUCUCCUCCAUAGCCAAGUCAAUAAUACCAGGCCCAGCAGUGAGAUGGAAGACCUUCUGUGCUUCAAAAAUACUCACUAUUUGGAUGCAGAUCGAGUCAUGAAGUGGUUCCAGAUAGCGGUCACCAAGGCCUGGAGCAGAAUCUCCCACAAGUAUGAAUUCGACCUUUCCUUCAGCCUGCUGGACUCCCCAGGGGCCCUGAAGAUAAAAUUUAGGUCAGGGAAAUCAAUUGCCUUCAACCUCACCCCUGUGGUACAGUACGAGAACUCUGAUGUUUACUUCAUCUCUCACUUCCCUUGGAGUGGCCUGGCAGCAGACCUGCCCUCCAGCACUCACUGGUUUCUCACCUUCGCAGUAUAUGAGAGGAGGUUCAUCCAGUUGGUCUCCAAAAGGCUGCCUGCCAAUGCCUGCCAUGUCAGCUGCCUUCAGAUCCUCUCCUUCCUCCAUGGGAAGCAGUGCAGCCUCACAGGUCCAAGCGGACUCACCAACUACCACCUGAAGACAGUGCUGCUGCAUCUGCUGCAGGCGCGUCCCUGUCAGGACUGGGCCCCGGAGAAGUUGGAGGCCCGUCUGCAAGACAUGCUCAAAUUCCUGGAGAAAUGCUUGCAUGAAAAGAAACUCUACCACUUCUUCAUUGGCAAUGGGAAGGUACCAGCAGAGCUGGGUUUCCCCAUCAUAUUCCAGAGGGCUGAGCCUCUCAACCUUUUCCGUCCCUUUGUGUUACACAGGGAUGUUUACAGGAAAACAGUGGACACGUUCCACGAGAUGCUCAGGAACACAUCUGCACUAAUAAAUGAGUACACAGUGCACAUUCCCCUUGCACAUGCAAACGGGAUCCAUAAAGCAUCCCUUUAACCAAAGCCAGCAGGAAAACAUUGUUCCUUUAACUACAAAUCAAUAGGGCAGCUUUUUGAAGCCUCGUGGAGGCAACUGAUUUUGCCAGUAGAGCUUGUUGUCUGCAGCUGAAGCUGUCCUGGGCCGUGGUUUCUGCAGUAUGGGAGAGGGGAAUGGGUAGGGAAGGGAGAAACUGGAAGACAUGGUGUAAAAAUGUAUCUCUGCUCCACUAGUGUGCUGGCUGGGUUUUAUGCAGCUAAGAAUAUAUUUUUCUAUUUUGCCUCAGUCAUGACACAGUGGUAUUGAGCAACCAGUAUGACUAAUUUAUUCAGAUGCCUGCAAUGCAAACAGUGGAGGCCAAAAACGUCAUUUCCUUUGGAACUGGGAGAUAAGAAAGGGGUGGAGGAAUCAAAGAAAGGAUUUUGGGAUCGCAGGAGCCCAUCUGCUUGCAAACAGCAGGAGCUCUGCGGCUCUGUGACAAAGCGCAACAUGAAACUCAGUGCUGGUGUGGGAAGGAGGGUCACUACUGAGGUCCCAUGUGCAGAUCUCAACCGGAGAUCUUUAAAUCAACUACAGUUCUUUAAUCGCAAGGGAACUGCAGUUGUAGAAAAGCCUGCUUGAUAGGACUUGCAGCAGUAGUUUUAAGAGCUUGUCCUGUCCUUCAAAACACGCCCGUCCUGCACCCUGCACAUUUCUUCUCCAUGGGGGAGGGGAAACACAGCAGAGCAGGCAGUCUGUUUCUUCAGACCAUUUCAUCUGAGUCUUUCAUUUCGUUCAUGGUAUUAUGGCUAGUGGGAUUUGUUCUUGGCUGUUUUCCAUGGCCACCUUAGAUAAAAGAGUGAAACACUCUUGUUGGCUUUUUGGUUUAUUUGUUUGUUUUUCCCUAUCCCUGGGUAGCAAGUCUGAGAACCAGCAAAGACAGAAAUGACAGCUACAGGGUUUCGCUUUACUUUAACAAAAGAGGAAACUUUCCCAAAUUGUCCUGUAAGGAGCCCAAUCACAGCGGUUUGGUAGCAAGAGGAAAGAAUCACAAUGCGAAUGAGCUUAUGACUCUCCCAGCAUGGCUUUAAUGAGGUCAGAGCCAGCAAGAUGGCUCUAACUGGGGAGGAGGGGAUGAAAGAGGUACACACAUAGCACAGCUUAGAAACACUAUCUCUACAGCUGCCUUGUGGUCUGUCUGUCAUGCCUUCUGCUCCUGGGUACCCAGGCAAAAGCUGGCUGGCUGCCUCCGUGUAGAAUUUCCUCCAUCCUUCAUAACACUGCUGCUCCAAUGAAGUUUGCUGUCGGGAGCCACAGCUAGUGGUCCAUAAUUUGCUGAGACCAGAGUACAAUGGGGAAAUGACAGUUUCUGAUUGCAAGACAGGGAGAAUCUCGGGGUAUAUGCUAAAAAACCCAGUGCAGAAAUCCCCGAGGCAGAGGUGGCUGAAUUCCCUCAGGAAGCGGCAUGUUACUGUGGUGCCAAGGGGCUACUGAGCCCCAGCAAGGUGGCCUGGUGGGAGGAGAGGGCCCAGUAGCUCAUGUCCUUUGUGUGCUUUGUGCAGGAUUCAAACCAGGGUGUCUAUGCAGCUCUGCCUUUUGGAAGUCCCCUGAGGCAUGGCCUCCUGUGCUAAGGGUCCCUUACCUACAAUGUUCUUAGACUAGGAUUUCCUGCAAUGUUCCUGCACUAGACUUCUCUGAAUGCUGUUUACAAGUGGACAGUAGUUCUAUAUCACCGUCGGGGUGAUAUUACCACGUGCCACAGCUCCACAGGUCCCUCUUAAUCAGUCCUCUCUACCACAUGCAUCAGAGGGGAGAUUUAAUCCCUUAUCACUGCUAGGGACACAAUAUAGCAAGAGGCUCAUUAUCCAGCCUGUUGAUGAGCAAACUUUCCAUAGAAGUUUCCUCUCUACCCUGUUCCUGGUACAAACCAUUUGACCACCUCACUGAGGUCUGCUCUUGUCUGUCUCUCCACCAGCAAGGGACAUUUUAUGCACAAAGGCAGAGGAAGCUGUAACUCCUGUUUCCACACUUGGUUGAUAAGAAAAGCACUGGUGGCAACAGGGAACUGUUUGCUUGAAGCUGCAGAUCCCCUUGGCUUUUAUCAUCACAGCUACAGGGUGAUUAAAUAAUAUUUCUGAGCAGAAAAUGAGAAAUAGGAAAGCAAAAUGAGAGAUGAGGCUGCUGGCUCAUCCCACUAGGAAACUGUCUUGGAUCAUCAGCCCAGUGCUUGCUUCAGCAUCCUUGGCAAUCUCUGCCUGGGAGACUGCCAGGGCUGGCAGAGCAACAGACCAGGCCUAAUUGCUAACGCUAACCAGAAAGCCCCUGGCUUUCAUCAGCACAACCAAGCAAGCCUUCCUCAGCAGGAAAGGGGGCAGGAGCAAUUUCAAGGGACACAACAAGCAGGUAGUGACAAGUAGAGGUGCAGGAACAGCGGGUGAAUACUGGAGCCUGAAGGCUACUUUGGAAGCUGAAUAGGAUCUUUGCAAACUCAAGCGAUUUGCAUUCCUACCUGCUCAGGUUUUACUCUCCAGCUUUGCACGAGCUGCCUGCAGACAGGUCAUGCUAAAGCAGUUGUAGUCUGAGUUGCUUCUAAAUGUGUUCUUAGUGCAGCCAGGGAGAAAUGAAAAAUUCUCUGCCAUUUCCUGUCAGGAGUCUAAAUUUAGCCUGUCCAAAGAACAGAAACAAAUUCAUGACCCAGGUCUCUCAGGAAAUGACACUCAGGGUUGAAAAAUAACUUUUAUAUAAGAUAGAGCAGGGGAGGAUGCGAAGAAAAGGCUAUUUAACAGAAUAAUCUAACUUCCCUCUUAAAAUGUCAGAACAAAGCUGUGUAACACCAGUCCUGUGGGUUUGUAAACAUGCCUAAACUUGACUUUACACAACUCCAGGCACUGCUGCUUAGACUGAAAGGGAAACUAAACUGAAAAGUAGAUUGAAUCUUUUGUUUUUCAUUUUCUGUAUUUGUGUGCAUGUUUUCUCUUAAACCCAAACUGAUCCUGAAACCCAGAUUGACACCAUGUUCCCAUGGUGUUUGGCUGAACCCAAACUGGAGCUGAACCAAGGAAUUUAUGGAUUUGACUCCCCAGAAAGCAAAUUGCUUGGCUUAAUUUGCCUACAUGCAAUAUGUUUACUUUGCCCUGAGCGUCUUUUAAGAGAUUUGUUCUGUGCAUUCCGGCUGUAAUGGAACCCACUCAAAUCUCUCUGGUCGGGGAGAAGUGCUCUGUGCUAAUAAGCUGUGCUCCAGUAAACUUCAGGGCUUUGUAAGUCAUAUACCCAGAGGUAUAUACUUGCCACAUCUGGGGACAUGUGGGUACACAGCAUUUCUCUGAUCAGAUCUCUGCUGUGCUACAAGGAGGCCAUGAUGUGAAGAGCAUCAUUCCUUUCAGUGUCUUGUCCCUCCUGUAGUAAAUCUUACCACCAAGUACCAGCCCUGCUAGUAACAGACCACACACACAUUUCAUAGAAGAGGUCUGUAAGACAGUUCAGCUCCAUCACUGAUUCAGCACCGCAUUCACUGUCAGCAAAUGAAAAUGUCCUAAGACUUUUUAGUGGUGGCCGUGUUUAGUUCUGCCUUGACUGGAGUCUUGCUGGGUGUUCACUGGAAGCAGCUUCGAAGGGCAGGGGUGGAGGUGGGUUUUGUGGUUUAAAGUGGGUAACAUUCUUUUAAAACCGAACAGUGCAUGACACAUGAGUGACAAACAUACAACAUCUCUUUGGUAACGUCCUGAUUACCGUGAGAGAUCCUAAGGAAGAGCUAUCUGCCUUACCCAGACCCUUUUCUUGUGUCUCAGAACUGCUCUUACUAUUUGUUAACCAGAUGUACUCCUACAGCCUUCUGCUGGUUUCAGCCACUCUCUCCACCCUCAACUUGUGGUUUUAAUAUUUUAUUACAGGUUCUUUGGAAGCAGUGGAAUUAGUGGUGGGUUGAUAGCAGCCACUGAUCUACAACAUAGCCUGAGGAGCCAUUCAGCUUUAGGAAAUGUCUUGGUCUAAGGUUAUUAUUACUAUACAGGAGCUGACUGUCAUCUAAGAGGAGUUGCGGGGAGUUCACUCUUUAGUACGUGCCAGCUGCCGGAUAUGGCUUCUCUCUCUGGGCUGUUCUGCAUACAGUAGUUAUGGGGAAUAUAAAGAUGUAUUUUAGUAAAGGAAUCCAAAACCUUGUCCAGCAUUCAAGCAGCAGGAUUUGGUGAUCAUUCACCAGACAAUUUUUAAUGCAGAGUCUUUGCAACUUUCUCUGUGGUGAAGAAAUGAGAAUUUACCCACCUUUAACAGCUUGGCUGCUGAUCACUGAGGGGUUAGUUCUUCUCAUAGGACUCUACAUGGUAUAUAUCCCUAUUUUUUACUUUUUUUUAGACUUUUUUUUUGUAACAUUAGCUCAAAAGCAAGACUAGUGUGAAGAGCUGUCUUGGCAACACAGUUGAGAUGGGGAAUAACAUCAAAACCCUCCAAACCAAGUUCUUCCUUCCUUGAUUCUAGAAAGUACAGAAAAUAUUACAUUUGAAAGCUACACAGAUACAUGAUGCUGUACUCAAACCGCUGCUCUUAUAGCAGGACACUGUUAAAUUUGUAUAGAUUUUUCUCAUGCAGCUGUAUUUAUAAUAAAGGUGGUCUUUACAAAAUCUAAAGAA